AUGUGGACCAUAUGGAAGGAGAGAAAUUCCAGAUGCUUCAAUAAUACCUCAAGCUCCUUACCACAACUCCAAACACUUAUUCUCCUUAGAACCAGUUGGUGGAUCAAAGGGUGGGAUGAAACUUUCCCAUACACCCCAAAUGACGUACAAAAAUGGGCUGCUCCUCAAGCAAGGCUAGCCCAAUCCAACAAAGAUUUACAGGCUCCAUGGCUUCCACCACCCAUUUCUUCUCUAAAGUGGAAUGUGGAUGCCUCCAUUAAUCCCAGUGAAAUAAAAGCAUCGAUUGGUGGUGUGCUAAGGAACCAUCAAGGGAACUUCAUCUGUGUGUUCUCAAGUCCCAUGCCAUUCGUGGAGAUUAACCACGCGGAGAUACUAGCAAUCCAUAGGGCCAUAAAAAUCUUCAUGGCAUAUGAUCAUCUCCGGCAAUCUCGACUCCUUGUAGAGUCCGACUCGAUAAAUGCUGUAAAAUGGUGCAACAAUGAAAAGGAGGGACCUUGGAAUCUAAAUUUCAUCAUCAACUUCAUCAGGUCUGCCAUGACAACAGGGGAAGGAAUUGAGUUGUAUUUUGCUCGCCUACAAGUUGAAAUUGUGUAUAAUGUCUUCCUUGUUGAUAUAAAUGGAGAUGUUUAG